UACGGUUUUUGGUCACACAGUCAGCCAGUCAGUCUCAGUCUCUCAGUCCGACACCAGUGUUUGUGGAAGUAGGGUGCUUAUAGUGGAACAGGUAAUCCCAGACCGGCUUGCCUACAAAUUGCCUUUGAAUAGUUCCUCAGUUGACACAGAAUAGAUAUUGAUCGCUCGAAAUGUAUCUCCAGAAGUGUGUCGAUUUACCGCCUCAAAAGAAUAAGCCCCUUUCUGCAAAAUACAUCAGGAGCUUUGCCUUUCCAUCGAUGAAGGACAGAACACCAAUCAUCUUAACCAAAGUAAUAGAUCAGUUAUCAAGAGAUAAAGAAGCCCUCAUUGAUAAACAUGGAAAGGAAGCCAAGGAAGAUAUCAAGACUGUUAUCAACAAAUUAUCAAAACUGAAGAAUGAAAUGACAACCAACAAGUCCUUUACAGACAUUACCUCCGACAGACCUGAUGCUAAAAUCUGGAAUGCUGAACUAAUCAAGAGAAGUUUUCCUGAUGGCACUCCCCCUAAUUGGUUUGAAAGUGACUGGUUGUAUGCCGAGUGUUACUUUUAUAGAAGACUGAAAGAGGCCCUAGAGCAGAGCACUUACUUGCAAAAUUAUGAUCCUUUCCUGGAAUGCAAAGUGGAAUCGUUCGUCAAUUCAAAAGGAGCAAUAAUCGCUCUUGGAGAGCAUCUUAACUCAGUCCUCAAGAAGGUUAAUACGCUAUCUCAAGAAGAAAUCCGCAAAUUCUUAAUUCUCUACCUUAAGGCAUCUCUUUGGGGUAAUCGAUGUGAUCUGUCCCUUUCUGGUGGAGAUGCAGUUAGUCCGGACAGUAACAUUUUAGCUCAAACCGAAAAACUAGAUAAGUUCAUUUUGGUUGAUAAGACUCCUCUUGUUUGGAAGACACUUAUGGAAAAGAAAGGCUACAAAAUCUUAGAUAUUGUCUUAGACAACGCUGGAUAUGAGCUUUUCACUGAUUUGAUCCUAGCAGACUAUCUGAUCUCAUCCAAAUUAGUGAAUAAAAUCAGAUUUCAUGCUAAAUCCCAACCAUGGUUUGUCUCUGAUGUCAACCCCUCUGAUUUUGAAUUUGUUCUGAAUGCUGUCACCAAUGAUCUCGAAGACAGCACACUAAAUGAUCUUGGCAAAAAAUGGAGAUCCUUCUUAAAUUCAGGAAUCUGGUCCCUCGAAGCCGAGCCUUUUUGGACAUACUUUUAUGACUUCGAUGCUAUGAAAGAAAACGAUCCAGAACUCUACGGUAAACUCGGUGAAGCUACGCUGGUUAUAUUCAAAGGUGACUUGAAUUACAGGAAGCUCAUGGCGGACAUCCAUUGGGAUCCAACAACCUCCUUCCGAGAGGCACUGCAGAGCUUCCACCCAACCAACCUCCUCUCACUACGAACAGUUAAAGCUGACCUCAUUUCUGGCCUAAAACCGGGUGUUGCUGAAAAUCUCACCAAUAUCAAGCCUGAUUGGCUUCUCACAGGGGAAUAUGCCACAAUCCAAUUUGAUCCUUGUGAUGAUGAUGAAUGAACCCUGCCCUCUGUUAAAGCCUUCAGUAUGAUAGGUCAAAUCAAGUGUCAUAAUUUAAUUUCUUCAUGAAGUCAUUGGCCUCCGUAGUUAUGAGUGGAUGAAGCUCAAAGCCUGUAUGCUGAACAUUGACACAUCCAUCAAAGACGGACGUGAUUGGAUGCUUUUUCCAUUGGGCUUCUGCUCCAAUAUUAUUUCAAGAAGAUUGAUUCUGUGCCAUUGAAAAUAUUGAAAUGAACAUAAUUUUUUCAUGAACGGUCGUUGAAACUUGAUUAUAGUCUAUAUUAUUUACUCAAUAUGUGUUCAAAUUGAUUUAUCAGAGAGAGGCGUGAAUUUACCCUGUAUGAUAAGCAUAAAAAAGUUGUUUCUUGGCAUUAUUCAAUUAAAAUCAUGAAAAGACACAUUUUUUACUACUUUUUAGUUUUUCUGUUCAGUUGUCCUAAUUUGGUAAUAAAUUCUGUUGAUAUUUUUCCAAGUGCUCUUUCAUCUAAAUUGAGAAAAUUUGUAACGUUUUUCAAGGCAUUGUCUUUUCCCAUUCCAUAUUUUUCAUGUUCCAUCCUUAGCAUAAAUUUUAAUGGCAGCACAGGUCCACCUAUUUAUUCUAAGCAAAUGAACUUCUUCUGGGAAGUAUGCACAUUUUGUCACCCCUCUGAAGUAAGGGUGUAUCUCAAUUUCCACCUGAUCCCUGUUGAAAGUAUAAAUCUUUUCUUUCUGGGGCUCAUGCGGAAAUCGAGUUACGUCAUUACGCCAGAAGAGCGAUAAUUUGUUGGCAACUUACAACAUUAGGCAUGAUUGCAAGAAAGAAUAGAUUUGUGUGUUGAAAACGGAUCUAUCUGCUGAUUCAAAUGAUGAAAACUGAAGUUCUCACAGAGUUCUAAGAUUUCGUGUGAUAUUGAAAAGUGAUAAGCAUUUAUUUUUGUAGUUUUUUAUGUCUUAUUUGAGAGAAUCUAGUUUGCCUUCUACAUUGUCUUAAACCUAGCUGAUCGCUGUAGAAAGAUUUUGUUUUAAAUUUAUUGCCUAUUCCUCCGCAAAAAUUGGUUCCUAUCAAGUUUGAGAAUCUCCCAAAUUUGGGUUUUGUCCCUUUUCGUACCAAAAACUGUAUGUCAUUAGCUCCCAUGUUUUUAGGUUUUUAAGUCUUCAACUACUGUACUUUUGAAGUUUUAAUUUUCGUAAUGUACUCUAUGAUUGUGAUUUAUACAUCCUUUUUGUCUCUGUUAGUCCUUCUUUCAGCCUUUAAUCUAAGAGGAUGCCCAAAGCCAAGCUUGUCAACUUCAUUCUAAUGAGACUGGUGAUGAAAAAUAGCAGAGAUACUAGGAAAGUUUUCUCCUUCUGUUCCUCAUAGCAUGAUUUUAAAAAUUAUUGCUUAGGAAAUCUGAUUUUUUUUCUAGUUUUUCAGGCCAUUAAACAUUGAAUUAGUUCGUAAUGAAGUGAUUCCAAGAUAAUUCUCAGCUCAGUUAAACUUAUGUAGAUUGCCUGUGUACCUAUCUGAACUUGAAAGUAAGAAUGUUGUACUCGUCUCUUGCCCUGUAGUCUCAAAUCAUUGUCUUGGUGUCUGCAAAAUUAUUCUGAGUGCAAUGCCAGACCUUUUGUCUCCUCCUAAAAGUUUGUCAGUAUUCUUAAAGCAUAAUGAGGAAAGUAAGGUUGUUCUGCGAUUUUAAAAUGUACAUAAGGUUCUACCAAUUCUGAAUUAAUAAUUCCUCUUUAAGUUCUUUCAUAAUCAAACAUCAAUAAAAGUAAAUUUAUUCAGAUA